AUAUUGUAAAAGGGCAAAAGCUGUCUUCAAAGAAUUGAAGCAAGGACUUCAGAAACAUGUUGAUGCAAUAACAGAUGAGGUGUUUGUAAAUGGCAAGCAUCUUGGAGGUUCUGAUGGUAACCUAGUGAUCCUUAGUCUAACUUUAUUUCCUUUCUCCAUUUGCAUUAAAUUCUACGAGAACAUCACCUCUACAACUCACAAAAUACUGAUUACAGAUACUGUUGAAGCUUAUGAAAGCGGGAGACUGGCUAGACUUCUGGGAGUUGCUGCUAGGGAUGAGGAUGAUCUCUGA